AUGGACGCGCUGAGCCGGGCAGGGCCCCGGGCCCGCCGCGCCGCCGCCGCCCCCGGGCCCGGCCCGUCCCCGCUGCCCUGGGGCCGCUUCGCCGCCUGGAUCGACUGCGUGUGUGUGGUCACCUUCGACCUGGAGCUCGGGCAGGCCAUGGAGCUGGUGUAUCCUCAUGACUUCAGACUGACAGAGAAAGAGAAAACGAGUAUCUGCUACUUGUCCUUCCCAGACUCCUACUCAGGUGGCCUUGGGGACACCCAGUUCAGCUUCCGCCUGCGGCAGUCGGGGGGCCCCAGGACCUCCCCGUUCCAGGACGACGGUCGGUACAACCGGGAGGCCCCCCUGACGCUGCAGCGCGAGGCCGCUCAUUACUUCGGGUACGUGUACUUCAGACAGGUCAAGGACAGCUCCAUGAGGAGGGGGUACUUCCAGAAGUCCCUGGUGCUCGUGUCCCGCCUGCCCUACGUGAACCUGUUCCAGUCCCUGCUCCAGCUCAUUGCCCCGGAAUACUUCGACAAGCUGGAGCCCUGCCUGGAGGCAGUGUGCAACGAGAUCGACCAGUGGCCUCCUCCUGUGCCGGGCCAGACCCUGAACCUGCCCGUGAUGGGAGUUGUCAUCCAGGUGAGGAUCCCAUCCAGGGUGGAUAAACCAGGAUCAAGCCCAGUGAAGCAGUUCAAUCAAGAGAAUCUGUUACCAGCCCCACUGGUUCUCCCCAGUGUCCAUGAGCUGGACCUGUUCAGGUGUUUCCAGCCAGUGCUGAUUCACAUCCAGAUGCUGUGGGAGCUGAUGCUGCUGGGAGAGCCCAUGGUGGUGAUGGCACCGUCCCCAACUGUCUCCUCAGAAAUGGUUCUGGCCCUCACCAGUGUCCUGGCCCCGCUCCGGUACUGCUGCGAUUUCCGGCCCUACUUCACCAUCCACGACAGCGAGUUCAAGGAGUACACGACCCGCACUCAGGCCCCGCCGAACAUCGUCGUGGGCGUCACAAACCCUUUCUUUAUCAAAACCCUCCAGCACUGGCCGCACAUCCUGCGGGUGGGGGAGCUCAGGAUGUCAGGCGACCUGCCCAAGCAGGUGAAGGUGAAGAAACUGGCCAAGCUCAAAACCCUGGACACAAAACCAGGAAUCUACACUUCUUAUAAAACAUUCCUUCACAAAGACAAAUCCCUGAUAAAAAGAUUGCUAAAGGGCAUCCAGAGGAAACGUCCCUCCGAGGUGCAGAGUGCCCUGCUGAGGCGUCACCUCCUGGAGCUCACCCAGAGCUUCAUCAUUCCCCUGGAGCACUAUAUUGCCAGCCUGAUGCCUCUGCAGAGAGCCAUCACUCCCUGGAAGAACCCUCCCCAGAUCCGUCCUUUCUGUCAGGAGGAUUUCAUGAAGACCCUGGAACACGCUGGGCCCCAGCUCACCUGUGUGCUCAAGGGGGACUGGUUAGGCCUCUACAGGCGUUUCUUCAAGUCCCCGAACUUCGACGGCUGGUUCCGGCAGCGGCACCGGGAGAUGACCCACAAGCUGGAGGCCCUUCACCUGGAGGCCAUCUGUGAGGCGGACAUCGUGGCCUGGAUGAAGGACAAGUCUGAGGUGGAGAUCGUGGACCUGGUGCUCAAACUCCGGGAGAAGCUGGUGCGGGCCCGGUGCCAGCACGUGCCCGUGAGGGAGGAGACGCUGCAGCGCGUGGGGCUCUACAUCGACACCAUCAUCGGCUCCCUGCCCGAGGACCUGCAGGCCGUGCUGCACCACCCCUGAGCACAGGGGGGCUCCUGGAGAACCAGGGACCCUCCCACCCCGCUCCCACCCCGCUCCCACCCGGCUCUGGGCAGCUGCAGUUGUGUUUGGAGAGGAGAUUCCUUCCCGGAUCCCGCCGGCGGGGCCCGGAUCUCCCCUGGGGGGGACUCGGAGCUGGGUCGGAGCCGUGGCUGCCCUGGGGAGCCUGUGCACUGCUCCCUGUCUGGUCCCGCUCCGAGGGGCUGGGCUGGGGCUGUCCACCAGGAAUUGUCCCCCGUGUGGCUGCCAGCAGGGCAGGAAGUGCCACCAGGCCUCCAGCAGCACGUGCCAGGCUGUGCCCGGCGUGCGGUGCCCGCUCAGACACACCAUCCUUGUCCAGCGCAUUCCCAUGGCCUCAUCCUGCCUGGAAGGAGCAGGAGCAGCCCUGGAUGGGGCUCAGGACAGCUCCUGAUGAUGCGGAUGAGGUGAAGAAGCUGCCCCUGCCCUGAGCAGCCCUGGCUCAGCCCAGUGCGAGCUCCAGCUGCAGGGGGAGCGGGAGGAGGAAUUCUGGACAUGGAAAGCUGCUGGAUUCUCUCCAGGGCAGAGCCAGAGAAGGAGGGGCUGGUGCAUCCCCAAGGAUCAGAGCUCUCCAGAGUGCCUGGGAUGGCUGCUGGGAGGAGCUGGC